GUGAAGACAAAGAUAAAACUAAUCUACAAUUAGGGAGUGGCCUUGUCCAACACCUUUUUAUUUCCUCGUGUGGUCGCUGUCCCACUCCCUUCAGCCUCCGGACCGCCGUUUUUCUUGAGACCAAACACCAUGCCUUCAAUUAAGUUGCAGAGUUCUGAUGGGGAGAUAUUUGAAGUUGACGUAGAAAUUGCCAAACAAUCUGUGACAAUCAAGACCAUGUUGCAAGAUUUGGGAAUGGAUGAUGAAGGAGAUGAUGACCCAGUUCCUCUACCAAAUGUUAAUGCAGCAAUAUUAAAAAAGGUCAUUCAGUGGUGCACGCACCACAAGGAUGACCCCCCUCCUCCUGAGGAUGAUGAGAACAAAGAAAAGCAAACAGACGAUAUCCCUGUUUGGGACCAAGAAUUCCUGAAAGUUGACCAAGGAACACUUUUUGAACUUAUUCUGGCUGCAAACUACUUAGACAUCAAAAGUUUGCUUGAUGUUACGUGCAAGACUGUUGCCAAUAUGAUCAAGGGGAAAACUCCUGAAGAGAUUCACAAAACCUUCAAUAUAAAAAAUGACUUUACUGAAGAGGAGGAAGCCCAGGUACGCAAAGAGAACCAGUGGUGUGAAGAGAAGUGAAAUGUUGUACCUGACACUGUAACACUAUAAGGAUUGUUCCAAAUACUAGUUGCACUGCUCUGUUUAUAAUUGUUAAUAUUAGACAAACAGUAGACAAAUGCAGCAGCAAAUCAAUUGUAUUAGCAUAAUAUUGUCCUUAUUGCAUGUGUAGUUUGAGUACAGACUCCAAACCUAUGGCUGAAUUUCUUUUAGUGUGAGAGAAAGUUUCUUUUUUUCUUUACUCUGAAUAAAACUGAACUGUGGGUUCUCUGUAGAAAGUGGCAUUUUGGGCUUUCCCUCCUUUUGUAAAGCAAUUUCUGCCUAGUUUAUUGUCCAGUUAACUUUAGUGAGCUUUUAAAAGUUGGCGUUGUAAAUAAAACAACUUGCAAAAAGUUUUCUGAAAUAGAA